UCAAGCUUGAUGAUCGUUCUUUUACUGCGAAACCGUUGAACUGGAAGGACGUGCUCGCUGCUCUGUGGAGAAAGAACAAAGGACGCUGCUCUGUGGAGAAAGAACAAAGGAAUAUGGAGAAACUUAUCGAAAAACACGACAUCACCUGCAACGAAGAAAUCGAUUCAUUUACGAAUGGAGAUACAACGAUAAUCUUGACAGGAUUGAUUGUGAUGAAGGAGGAGCCCAAGCCACGGCAAAAUACAGGAGGAACGAUGUCGAAUCGAUCAGGGAACGAUCGAUCAGGGAACGAUCGAUCAGGGAACGAUCAGAAUAACUCGUCCACUUCGAGGAAUCGGCCAGAUAAAUAUAUAUUGGACAAUCUAAGCGGCAGAAGGCGAAGAAUCCUUAUAUGGCCAAAACGUAUACAGGAGUUCGAUGGCAAAUUGGUGAACCACAUCGUUCGAAUCACGAGAGGAAAAGUGAUGGGCGUGAAUAUGCAGUAUUAUUUCGAGAAGGAUGAUUUGGGACCAGUUGAAAUAUCAAUAGUGGACAAUUCCGUCGUCGAAAUUUUGGAACACAUUCCACCCUCCGAGAACAUUACCGUCUUCAAAGAAAUAGCAUUGAAAGAUGCAGGGAAAUACGUUGGUGAGAACGUUUCAAUUACAGCAUUCCUAAAACUUAAAGUAGAGAAUGUUAUUCUAAAUAACUACUCCUAUGGAUGUGGGUGCAUAACCGAUUUAAAGCAUAAGCUAAUUGUAAAUGUAUCAAGUUACACUGCCAGAAAUGACAUCCCAGAAGGAUCAAAAGUAACAGCACGUGGUUUACUCCGGAGCAAUCUUAACAACCUAAUUCUACAACUGUCUACUGUGGACGACAUGACAAUCGCGGGCGAGGAAAUUGCCACUUCCAAAGACAUGAAAAAAGGUUUUCUCUGCUUAAAAGUUGAAGAAUUGAGUAAUUCCUCAAACUCGCAGAGUACUCAACGACAAACUCCUCCGAGAGAGCAUCAAAACAAUCCAGAUUCUGACAUCCAUAACGAUUCAUCUCCGAAAUCUAAGUUUCCUAAGUUAAGCGAGUUCCCACCAUUGCCGAAGAAGCCAUAAGUCUGUUAAGUGCUGCUUCUUCAUCGUCUGUUUUCCUUUUCAAGAGAAAUAACAUUUUUAAUCUCUCGUUUAUAUCGUUUAUACUCGUUUAUAAUUACAAAAAUUUUUGUUCUUUCAUUUAAUAACUUUAAUUUUUUAAAUAGUAAUAAAUAUUUUUAUUUAUUUAAAAGAAUUUUUUUAUAUAAAAAAAAUCAGAACUAUUUAGAAAAAUGUAACUUAUUUUUUUAUACAAUUUAUAAUAUUAUAAUCUUUUAGAAAAAAAACAUGAGCGAGAAUAGAUAUAAAAUAGGCAUUUAAGUAAAAAAGACUGCCCUACUUUUAUAAAUUAAUUAUAAAGCAAAUAAGUAUUAAGAACCCCACAGAAAAUAAAUUAGUUUUGUGUCCCUAUCGAUUUUUCUCUUUAUUAAUAAUAAAAACAAAUGGAUUUUGAAUAUAUUACGUUUAUAAGUUUAUACAUUCAAUUGGAAGAAAACUUUUAAAUUCAAAAACUUAGAGAAAAAUCGACUAAAACCGAAAACUAAUGUAUUUUCUGGGAGCUUCUUUAUUUUCAUAAUGAUAUUAUACAAUUUUCCAAAGAUUUAAAUAUUAAGAUUUGACUAUAAAAAAUAUUAUUAUAAGUUAUAUUUAUUACCAAAUAUGUAUUUGUUUUUAUGAACUUUAUAUUAAAAAAAUUAAAAGGCGAGAAUCUGCUACUCAGGAGCUGCUGCUCACUCUCGGAGAGUAGAUUCUCGCCUUUUUAAGGCGAGCCCUGAAACACGAGCUCUAAUUUCGGCCUUGAAAGCAUGUAGUAGUUCUGCCUAAAAUUUUUUCAGUUAAAUGUCAUAAAAUUAAAUACAUUAUUUUUUUGUCUUAGUCGAUUUUAUUGUAAAAGAAAUGAAUUUUGAGUUUGUACAUUUCAGUUUAAAAAACUGUUAAAUGAAAAAAAUUGUACGAAAAUCUUCUGUCUGUGACAACUAAAAGUAAUGUAUUUCCUGGCAGUUCUAUAUUUUUAUUUUUAAAAUUAUGACAUAAAUUUUUUUUCCAAAGAAAUAAGUAUGUAUUAUUAUGAACUUAAUAUUUAAAAAAAAAUGUUA